CGGGGGGGGGGGAGCUGCUUGUUUCUCUCUGUGUGUUUUUCCCUCCUCCAGCCGGUGAAAAAGGCUGUUUGCUUUGUUUCACUCGGUCUCUGAUAAAGUCUUCCACCGGGAGCUUGCCUGCUUCAGCGUUGUCUGCCUUCUGUGAGUUGCCUUGCAUGUAUUCAAGAUGAAUCUGGACAAACUCAGCAAACCUGAACUACUGACACUAUUUAGCAUUCUUGAAGGGGAACUAGAAGCCCAAGAUGUUGUCAUAGAAGCCUUGAAGGCCCGGCGCAGAGAUACUUUCAUUGAAGAGCGCUAUGGACAAUACAACAUUAAUAAUCCAUUUACGGCUCUUCAGAGAGAUUUUGAAGCACUGAAUGAAGAGAAUCGUGGUGAUAAGCAGCCUGUUUGUACCAAUCCCUUGACCAUCCUGAAGGUAGUGAUGAAGCAUUGUAAGAAUAUGCAAGAAAAAAUGUUGUUCCAACUAGCUGCUGCAGAGAGCAGGCACAGAAAGGUAAUCUUGGAUCUUGAGGAAGAGAGGCAGCGGCAUGCCCAAGAUACUGCUGAAGGAGAUGAUGUCACAUACAUGCUGGAAAAGGAACGAGAGCGGCUCGCACAACAGCUGGAAUUUGAGAAGUCGCAGGCGAAGAAGUUUGAGAGAGAGCAGAAGAAGCUAUUGGGCCAGUUGGAGGAGGAGCAUGACCGCCAGCAGCAGCUCUCUGCCAUGCUUGUGUUGGAGUGCAAGAAAGCCACAGCCAAAGCCGCAGAGGAAGGACAGAAGCUUGGGGAGCUGAGCCUGAAGCUAGCUGAGGAAAGACGCAAAGUAAGCCACUUGGAGGGAGAGCUAGCAGCCCAGAAGAAGAGAGGCUUGCAAAUGGAGGCGCGAGUGGAGAAGCAGCUGUCUGAGUUUGACACUGAACGGGAGCAGCUGAGAGCCAAGCUGGAUCGGGAAGAGAAUCGCACCAAGACCCUGAAGGAAGAAGUAGAGAAUCUGAAGACAACUCUAAAAGAAUUAGAGGCCUCAUAUAAAGCUGGGAGAGGCAAAGCAGAGCACACGCCACCAAAGGUCUCAAAGGUGUCCACAGCAACUGCCACAGAGGGCUCAAGUAGGUCAGUCACUUGCCAGACAGAAAGCCCCUGGACAGAGAGCCUCAGCCAGGGAAGUACUAUUCGACGGGCAACUACGUUAUCGCCUAUCUCUGCCACUGCUUCCCACUCUUAUACCAAGGCAAAUGGGCACUGUGAUGCUCAUGUACAAGCAAGUAUGGAGCCAGCUCUGUCCAAGGAUGAGUCGAUUGGACCAGCAGCCGAGAGGGCCACAGAAAUUAGCAGCUCCCCAGCAAGAACAGUUUCCCUUUCCCCUUCAACCCCACCCGUCCCUUCCAGUGGGAUAUUCUUUUCUCCGAGCAACACAGCUUCUUCAUCUCUGACACCCUCCCCAUGUUCCUCCCCAGUGAUGACUAAACGUUUGGUUGGAGCAUCAGUCAGCAGCCCCAGCUACCAAUCUUCGUACCAAGUGGGGAUCAACCAGCGCUUCCAUGCGGCACGUCACAAAUUCCAAUCCCAAUCUGAUCAAGAUCACCAGCCGAGCGGUCUCCAAAGUCCUCCAUCUAGGGAUCUGUCACCCACCCUGGUGGAUAAUUCUGCCGCAAAGCAGAUUGCCCGUAAUACAGUCACUCAGGUUCUCUCCAGGUUCACCAGCCAGCAGGGUCCCAUCAAGCCUGUCUCUCCCAACAGCUCCCCCUUUGGCACAGACUACCGAAGCCUGGCCACACCCCUGAGCCCCAAAGGUGAGUGUGGCCCAGGCAAGGUCUCUGGUCCAUUGAGUCCACUGUCACCUGGAAUUAAAUCACCAACCAUACCCAGAGGAGAAAGAGGGAACCCUCCACCAAUUCCUCCCAAGAAACCUGGACUGGCUCCUUCUCCAGCCAGUCCCACUCCACCAACUAAAACCUCCUCUCAGGCUUCUUCUCUGGGUUCUCCUAUGGACUUGGCCAGUAGCUGCUCAAGCAAUCCUGUUGUAGCCAAUGGGAAAGAAAUUGAGAUCUUAUUGCCAACCAGUAGCUAGCUUCCAGAAAGUGUUGCAUUCCUAGUGUUUGCCAUUCCUGGAGCUGAAACAGCUGCUACACUGUCUUAUCCACUUUACAUUAUUUAUUAUUUGGGUAGUAACGAGAUCUAUUUGUAUAGCACGUUUAGUGUACUUUUCCUUUUGAUUUAUAGUAUGUAGAAAAUGACACAACUUGUGUACAAACACUAGAUCUUUGAGGUGUCUUAACGGCAGCAGGCACAUCGAAUGAACAGAGAAGCAGCUGAUUUCCUGUGCUGGGAGCUGACCAGUGGACUAUGACAAUGAAGCCGUUGCUUUUAAAUUAUGCAGCAAAAUACACUCCAUGCAAACUUCCAUUCCAGACAGACAUUUCCUAAGAAGUGCCUGAGCUUAAGCUGCACUGCGGCCAUGCAUGUGUUUCUCUGCAAAACCAGAAGUGAUUGUCCAAUUGAAGAAAGCACAGAUUCCUCUCUGAAUCAUGAAUGUUGAAAUAACCACUGUCCUUAAUCCUUUCCAGUAGUUCUGUUAUCAGCAGAAAGGAAAUGUUCCAGAGGCCAGCCAAUUGUUUCCCUCUUAGGAACCAAGUCAGUUAAUGUCGCUGCAUUUGUCAGGCACAUUUGGCCUUAAUAGGGAGCUUUAUACAUCCUGAGCUUUUCCUGUGUGACCAUGUAAACAUAAAAUAGGGGGGGGGGCUUUAAGCAAUCAGGGUGCCAUCCCCCCCCCCA